AUGGAUGGUCAUCUUCCCAGCUUUUCUCUUUUUGCCAUUGUUUACACCGGUAGAGUCAUACAGAUGAAUCUUCCUGGUGCCAAGACCAUUGGUGAUGCUACUGCUCAGACAAGCAUGGAUGGCCAGUUAUCUCCAUCCUUGCCACUCCUGACCUCCCUUGAAGUUCUUGAUCUUACUGGACUUUCUUACCUCAAAGGCCAGAUCCCUCCGCUGAUUGAGAAUCUGCCAGAGCUCCGAAGUUUAGCCCUCUCUUUCAAUGGUCUUAGUGGUCCAAUACCAGAAAGCACCGGAAUGCUAUCAAAACUUGAGGGCAUGAAUCUGCGCUCUCCAAGAUCUUCAGCUAUUAAACAAUCAGUUGAGUGGGAGAAUUCUGUCUUCCAUAAAACGCAUCUUACUGAACGAUAA